UAGCCCCACCGGAUAGAGUGGAGAGGCGGGAAGUCCCUUGGAGGCGAUCCGGCUGAAAACGGGGGAUGCCCUUGUGCCAUGUGGUCUGCCCACCUGAGUUGGCAAGGACUUGGGGGGGGGAUCCUUUGGGUACACCCACCCCAUUUCCUGGAGAUCUGCAGUAGAUCUCCUAAGCUGGUGAUCAUGCUUGCAGACUCACUAUUAUGCAGCUUGAGCCACAAGGAGGAGAUCCCUCUUUCCUGUGUCCUGCAUGCCCAUAUGCCCACACCCACUGCUGACAAAUUAUUCCCUAUGAAGACCCAACAGCCUGGCAUCGGACUGGGCAGAUUCCCAGAUUUGAUCCCACCCUGCCAGCUAUGACCCCCCCCGCCACCAUAUGGCCUCCGAGCUCACUAGAACGUGAUGGGAUCUGUAAUCCCAACACACUGGACAGGUACCCGAGUGAGGAAGGGUGGAUAAAUGGCUCAUGACAUGGUGUGUGCUUUUCGUUGGUCAUCUGUAGGAAACAAGUGAAGAAAGUCAGUAAAAUAAGUAGCACUGCUGGAAUGUGUGAGCUUUUGAGUUGCAGAGCUCUGCCUCAGAAAGACAAUUGGGAAGCUAGAAAGCUGGGCGAGGAGGGGCAUGGAUCUGGAUUUCAAGGUUUGCAAUCUCCAUCCUUCUGAGAUUUUCUCCUGCAGCAGAAAAUCUGGUUUGAGUUUUUGAGGGUUUUUUUUUUCCUCCUUGUGAAAUAUCUCCCUGUCUGCAGAUUACAGCAGCCUUUUAAGGGCACAACCGAGACUUGCAUAUUUUGAGAAGCGGGUGCUUCUGUGACUCCUGCCGAAGCCCAAGCGUAAGCUCGACGUUGAAAUGGCUGUCUCAGGCCCUGUCAGGAUCGGGGCAGGAGACGUCCCCGGGGCCGUAAAGGCCCGAGGCCCGGCCAGAUCCUGGAGGCGAACGACGCUCAAGAUGGCGGACGAGGAGAACCUCAGUUCGGCUGCGCUGUGCCAGCAUUUCCGAUGUUUCCUCUACCAGGAGGCGAAGGGCCCCCGGGAAGCCUGCAGCCGACUCCACAGCCUUUGCCGUCAAUGGCUGAAACCGGAGAGAUGCUCGAAAACUCAGAUCCUGGACUUGGUGAUCCUGGAGCAGUUCUUGACCAUCCUGCCCCCAGAGAUGGAGAACUGGGUCCGAGGAUGUGGGCCCGAGACAUGCUCCCAGGCGGUGGCCCUGGCCGAGGGCUUCCUCCUCAGCCAGGCAGAGGAUAAGAAGAAGGCGCACCUGCAGGCUUCAGCAGAGGGCCGGAAGAAGCAGCCCGUAAGGUGGGUCACUCAGGAGAGCGACAAAGGCACCACCUCCCUGAGGAAUGGAACUGCUGUCGUGAUUGCUUCUAAGCCUUCUCCUCUUCAGGCCAGGAUACAAAUAACUGCAGAGCCCACCCUAGAUCAGGUGCCAGUGACCUUCGAGGAGGUAACUGUCCAUUUCACGGAGGAGGAAUGGCUGUUGCUAGAUCCGGCCCAGAGAGUUCUCCACGAGGAAGUUAUGGAGGAGAAUCACACAAACGUGGCAUCUCUGGCAGGUGAUUGGGGGAAAAGAAGAAAUGAGAGCAAGGAGCUGAGAAUAAAAACUGAAAACAAGGAGGAUUGGAGGCAGGGAUCCAUUAUGUCCAAAGGAUCUGCUUUCUGGGAGAUCCCAGCUGGAGAAGAAAACCACCAAGUGAACAAAUUCUCUUUAAUGGGAAACUACUUAAUAAAUCAGUCAAGACUUAGCGAGCCUCAAGGACGUCUUUCUGGAGGCAAAGAGCUGAAAUGCCCAGAGGGCAGAAAGAGCUUCCCUCAGAUCAAGAGACUUCCACAAGCCAUCCACGCUGGGGCAGAAACCUAUCAGUGCUUAGAAUGUGGGAAGAACUUUGUUUGGAAGAGCAACUUUGCCAGACAUCGGCGGAUCCACACUGGGGAAAAACCGUAUAAAUGCUACGAGUGCGGCAUGAGCUUUGGUCAGAGGAUAAACCUGACCCGGCAUCACCGAAUCCACACGGGGGAGAAACCCUACCAAUGCUCCGAGUGCGGGAAGAACUUCAGCCGGAGUACCCACUUGAGGAUCCACCACCGGAUCCACCGGGGAACGAAGCCGUACAAAUGCUCCGAGUGCGGGAAAAGCUUCAUGAGGAAGAACGACCUCACCAUCCACCAGAGGGUUCACACGGGUGAGAAACCCUAUCAGUGUUCUCAGUGCGGGAAAUGCUUCAGCUGGAGCGCCCAGCUGAGGUCGCACCACUGGAUUCACACGGGGGAGAAACCCUACCGGUGUGCCGAGUGCGGAAAAAGCUUUAUGAGGAAGAACGACCUGACGACGCAUCAGAGGGUACACACGGGAGAGAAGCCCUACCAGUGUUCCAAAUGUGAUAAGAGCUUCAGUCAGAGCACGCACCUGAAAGCUCAUUGUCGAAUCCAUACCGGUGAGAACACGUUUCAGUGUUCAGAGUAUGGGAAGAGCUUCAGCUGCCACACAAACGUGAACGCCCAAGAUCUCGGGCAGGGGUGGGCAACCUGUGUCCCUCCAGACAUUGCUGGCCUGCAGUUCCCAUGAGAACUGCUUCAUGCGUUCUUCUGUCUAAGGAUCAUGGGAGUUUUUGUCCCGCGACAUCUCACUAGGCCCAUCUGAUCUAGGGGGGCAACAAUGUAAAUUAGACUCUUGGUUUUGAUCAGCUGCACUUUAAUCAACCAGUGGAAGAAUCAUAUAGAGUGGAGAGCCUUUAAAUGCUCAAAAUAGAGCGGUGAUUCCAUUUUGGAUGCUAGCCAUAAUGCAACAGGGUGCUCGAAUCCUGUCUGUUGAUACCCUUGUCAUUCCGCCAUGAGGCAGGAGGAAGGUUCUUUCAGAUAGUCUGGUGGAAUUUUCUCUGUUCCGCAGAGUUUAAAAAAGUUACAUUUUUCAAAUACAAUACCUCAUAUGUCCUAAUCAUCAAUGGCCAUUGCUUUCUUUUCAGCAGCAAGAAGAUUUUUUAAAAAAAAGAAAGGGGGGAGGGAAGAGAGACUAAAACUAGGAAAGAUUCGCAGUGUUGUUUAGUGGUUAGAGUGCUGGAUUAGGAGAUGUAGGUUUAAAUUUCACCUCAUAGAGGAUGUGUGGAGCUGGUAAAACCCCUCCUCAGAUAUCUCACUUACUUUGAAAGUCCUAUAACAAUAAUUGCAUGCCCUCAAGGGAAUCAUGACAACCCUGUUCAAGAUUUUCCAGACAGAGAAUACUCAGAAGUGGUUUCCCCUUUCCUUUCUCUGGGG